GCCACUCUCAAACGCAAACACAUUCAACUCAGAUUGUUUUUUCUCUUCUCAUUGAUGAGAUGCCUUUACAUUGCUCUAGUAUGGCUAUAAAAGCCUCCUCUCACAGUUUCGGACUUGUGAGAUUGAGUAACAAGUUCAUAACGAACCACGUAGGAACAAUUAGCUUCUCUAAAACCCACCACCACAAAAUCUCGAAACCCAUUGGCUGCUCAUCCGAGCUCACCCAAACCCAGUCCUUCACAGUUAUGGAGGACCCAAAAAGGUCGAGUCUUUCAUCCCUACAACCAACCCAAGAGUUGGAGAUCGCUGUCAGAGCUGUGCAGAUGGCUUGUUCUCUCUGCCAGAAAGUUCAGGACAGUUUGAUUUCCAAGUCCGGCGCUGUUGUCCAAUCCAAAGAUGACAACUCUCCAGUCACUGUUGCUGAUUGGAGUGUUCAGGCAACUGUGAGCUGGAUACUGUCGCAGUCUUUUGGGGGUAGCAAUGUAUCCAUUGUAGCUGAAGAAGACAUUCAAAACCUAUGCAAGGCUAAGGCAGCUGGAAUCUUGGAAGCAGUAGUAAAAACUGUAAAUGAUUGUCUUGCUGAAGCCCCUCGUUUUGGACUUCAAGCUCCAAAAAAGACCCUCGGGACUGCAGAGGUUCUUGAAGCCAUCAGUCGGUGCAACUCAACGGGAGGCCCUACUGGGAGAUUUUGGGCCCUUGACCCUGUUGAUGGAACAUUGGGAUUUGUACGGGGGGAUCAAUAUGCUAUCGCUCUGGCACUGAUAGAGGAUGGAGAAGUUGUGCUUGGAGUUCUUGGAUGCCCUAAUUACCCAAUGAGAAAAGAAUGGCUAAACUAUCAUCACAGGUAUCAUAGAAUUAUAUCCAAAUUGACCCCACCAACAUCAGAAUCAUGGGACAAAGGCUGUGUGAUAUACGCUAAAAGAGGUAGUGGUGAAGCUUGGAUGCAACCACUGGUUCAUGUAAAUAAGAACUUUCUGUGGCCGAAUUAUGCGAAACCUGUUCGAGUGUCCUCUAUCGAUAAUCCAUCAUUGGCAACCUUCUGUGAACCGGUUGAGAAGGCAAAUUCAAGUCAUUCCUUCACAGCAGGACUAGCUCACAGUGUUGGACUUAGGAAGCAACCAUUGAGAGUCUAUAGCAUGGUAAAAUAUGCAGCUAUAGCUCGUGGUGAUGCCGAGAUUUUUAUGAAGUUUGCAAGGGCUGGUUACAAAGAGAAGAUAUGGGAUCAUGCAGCUGGCGUUAUCAUCAUACAAGAAGCUGGUGGUGUGGUUUCAGAUGCCGGGGGGCGUCCACUGGACUUUUCAAAGGGUAUAUACUUGGAAGGUCUUGAUCGAGGUGUGAUUGCUAGUGCCGGAGCAAACCUACAUGACAAGAUCAUCCGGGCUGUUGAUGCUAGCUGGGGCUCCUCCUGUCUCUAGUACUACUACCUAACAUAAAAUUGCACUUAACUCCUUGCAUUAUCAAAGAGGGGCAUUGUAUAUUAGUGUUUUCAUUUAUCUACUUUUGGUUUAUAAAAUAACAAAUAACAUCAGUUUCCUUCAAAAGCAA